AACCCUAUCAUUUUCCUCAAAUCAAAUCCGUCUUCACACAGAGUCCCUCUCUUUGCGCCGCCGCCACCACCUCAACCUCCUCUUUGUCGUCUCCCCCCUCUUCGACGCAUUUCCGGCCACCACCUCAACCUCCUCCUCCUCUUCUCUUCGAGUCAAAUUAUUUACAAAGAUGCCAUCGGCGGCAAUGCUGCAAAUUUCGUCGCCGGCCAUCUCCUCAAACUGUUCUUCUUUCUUCGCUCCCAGCUGUCUCAACAUCAACACAAGGUCGCCGUCAAAGGUUUGCUUUGCGAAGAGAAAUGAUAAGAAUUUCAAGUGCGUGGCAGUGCCUGAUACUGAGAAACCUACUACUUACACGACAAAAGUUCCUCGCAACGCAAAUAUGGCAAAGCUUCAAGCUGGUUAUCUAUUCCCCGAAAUUGCAAGAAGAAGAUCGGCGCACAUGUUGAAAUAUCCUGAUGCACAAGUGAUAAGCCUUGGUAUUGGUGACACUACUGAACCCAUUCCUCAAGUUAUUACUUCUGCAAUGGCUAAGAGAGCACUAGGAUUAUCAACAUUUGAGGGAUACAGUGGUUAUGGAGCUGAACAAGGUGAAGAGAAACUUAGGGCUGCAAUUGCAUCGACAUAUUAUGAUGGACUUGGUAUUGAAGAAACUGAUGUAUUUGUCUCAGAUGGAGCAAAAUGCGAUAUUUCACGCCUUCAGCUUCUUUUUGGUGCCAAUGUGACAAUAGCAGUGCAAGAUCCAUCAUAUCCUGCAUAUGUAGAUUCAAGUGUUAUUAUGGGGCAAACUGGCGUAUUCCAGAAGGAUAUAGAAAAAUAUGGGAACAUAGAGUACAUGAGAUGCACACCCGAGAAUGGUUUCUUUCCUGAUUUAUCCACUGUUAAAAGAACAGAUGUAAUCUUCUUUUGUUCACCAAACAAUCCAACUGGCGCAGCAGCUUCUAGAGAGCAGUUGACACGAUUGGUUCAGUUUGCUAAGGACAAUGGAUCUAUCAUAGUUUAUGAUUCAGCAUAUGCUAUGUACAUAUCAGAUGACUGUCCACGCUCUAUCUUUGAAAUUCCCGGAGCAAAAGAGGUUGCAGUUGAGACAGCGUCUUUUUCAAAAUAUGCUGGCUUUACUGGUGUUCGACUUGGUUGGACAGUGAUUCCUAAAGAGCUUCUGUUUUCUGAUGGAUUUCCUGUCGCCAAGGACUUCAAUCGCAUAGCCUGCACUGGCUUUAAUGGUGCAUCUAAUAUCUCUCAAGCUGGGGGUCUCGCUUGUCUUUCUUCGGAGGGUCUUAAGGCCAUGACUGAUGUCGUCACUUUCUACAAAGAGAACACACAGAUAAUUGUCGACACAUUCACUGCGCUCGGAUUCGAUGUGUAUGGGGGACUAAAUGCUCCUUACGUGUGGGUGCAUUUUCCAGGUAAGAGCUCUUGGGAUGUAUUUGCCGAGAUUCUUGAAAAGACUCACCUGGUCACAACACCAGGCAGUGGAUUUGGACCUGGUGGUGAAGGGUUCAUCAGGGUUAGUGCUUUUGGUCACCGAGAGAAUGUUGUUGAAGCUUGCAAAAGAUUAAAGCAGCUCUACAAGUGAGCAAAAGCUUACCAUUUGGAAGUUCCAUGUGUCCUCCCAUCUGUGUCAGGCUCCUCUCCUGAUGUUAUUAAGUGUCACUUGUGAUGUAUGUUUGGCUAGGUGAGCUUCUGUUGGCCAUUUCUAUGAGAAUUGGGUGUCCGUAAGAAGAUUGUUUUACAACAUAUUGUAUUAUGGGCCUACGUUAGACUUCAUACCUUCGUAUUCUGCGUUAGAUAUGCUGUUGUCUACUUUGUGUUUGGCAUGUGUGAGUGUGGUGGUUGCUAUCA